AUGGGCUCAACGGGAGCUGCCUACUCGUACCGGCGACUCACUCUCACUCCUCACUCGAGUCUUCCCACUGGAGAGAGUCGUGUGAGGACAAGACGCGAGUCGGCUGUUUCAAUUUCGAACAAUCGAGCGAGGACCUCAAUCUCGUCGAUGAAUAAUCCCUCUAUUAUUGCUGAUCCAGCAACACUGCAGGCAAUUUUGCCAUCAGUUUAUAUUCCACCAUCAUAUUGGAGGAAUCCUUCUCGACCGCCUAGUCGACCAGCCAGUAAACCCCCGUCAGCUACCAUUUCCCGUCAUAACACGGCCAGUCGACCGGAGAGUUUAUACUUUGAAAACAUUGGCCGGGUGAAAUGGGACGAGUUGCGAGCCGGCGAGGAGCCUCUCGAGGAGAUUUUACCCCCAAAAGAGCCGUUGUGGAGGCGAUUCUUGAAAUUACUAAAAAUAUUGUUGCCUCACGUCGGGCUGAACCUUUUACUGCUCUCGUAUAUCGCUGGCGGAGCUGGGAUUUUCAUCUGGCUUGAAGCCGAUCAUGAGCUCGUGAAUAGAAAACAAAAAUUGGAGACAAUACAUCGAAUAUAUCGAAAAGUCGUGCAACAAGCGCAGGCGACUUGUGACAGAAAUGUGUCAAUGAUGGAGGCACGUUUGAGGCCGCUUCUUUAUGAGCUUUCAAGCACGCACGAGUACGAUGAUCGAUUCACGAAAGAGGGACAAUUGUGGACAAAUUAUGCGGAAAACCUGGAAACAAGAUGGUCCUUCGACGCGGCCGUCCUAUACGCACUAACAGUGAUCACAUCGACGGGUUAUGACCAUGUGACACCCACAACUGAUCCGGGAAGAAUAUUCACCGUGUUUUUCGGCCUUCUGGGCAUCCCACUCAUGUUCAUCACUGCCGCUGACAUCGGAAAAUUUCUAUCCGAGAUCGUGAUACGUUCAUACGCAAAACUCUUACAAAUCUGGGAGUGGAUCUCGAGUGUGAUCGAGGCGAUUCGGGAUCAUCUCUUUGCAUCUGAUGUCGAUUCGAUUGAUUCAGUUCAACUGAAAAAGAAUCGACGACGACAAACGGACGAAGAGGGAGCAUCGGAAGAUGAGGAUGAAAGAUUACAACUUCCAAUUGCUUCUUAUUUCGCUCUCAUCAUUGGGUAUUGUUGUAUCGGGAGUUUGUUGUUCAAUGCUUUCGAGAAGGGACCAAUUUGGUCCUUCGUUCACGGCCUUUUCUUCUCGUUCAACACGAUCACCACGAUCGGUUUGGGGAAUAUUUACGUGAAAAGUCACUGGUAUCUAGCGUUAGUUGUUGUUUAUGUCAUAAUUGGUCUUGCUGUGAUCACGGCCUCGCUCGAUUUGUGCUCGUCGACGUUGAAGAGAACGUUCACGAAAUUGCACUACUUUGGCAGAAAGAUUCGUGGAGCACGAGGUCGAUUUGCUCAUAUGUCUGAUGAUAUACGAGAAGCGAUGCGAUUGAUAGCUGCACUCAAGAAGACAAGAGCCUCAAAGGAUCGAAUAACGCUUGAGGAUUUGCGACGUUUCCUCGAAGUUCAAGAGCAUCUCCGAAAGUCGCCUUUCGUCCCACACAACGUUCACCUCUUGCGAUGGAUCGAAGAUGCAUAUGCACAAUAUAUGGAUGAGUAUUCGCUGAAUGGACGGCCACCGAUUUCUCCAUUGGCUCACAAAAUGUCUUCCUCCGAUCCGAUGCUUUUCUUU